AUGUGUGUGAGUAUGUGUAUGUAUAUGUGUAUGUGUAUGUGUAUGUAUAUGUGUAUGUAUAUGUAUAUGUAUAUGUAUAUGUGUGUGUGUAUAUGUAUUAUAUGUAUAUAUACACAGUGGGGCAAAAAAGUAUUUAGUCAGCCACCAAUUGUGCAAGUUCUCCCACUUAAAAAGAUGAGAGAGGCCUGUAAUUUUCAUCAUAGGUAUACCUCAACUAUGAGAGACAAAAUGAGAAAAAAAAUCCAGAAAAUCACAUUGUAGGAUUUUUAAAGAAUUAAUUGGUAAAUUCCUCAGUAAAAUAAGUAUUUGGUCACCUACAAACAAGCAAGAUUUCUGGCUCUCACAGACCUGUAACUUCUUCUUUAAGAGGCUCCUCUGUCCUCCACUCGUUACCUGUAUUAAUGGCAUCUGUUUGAACUUGUUAUCAGUAUAAAAGACACCUGUCCACAACCUCAAACAGUCCAACUCCAAACUCCACCAUGGCCAAGACCAAAGAGCUGUCAAAGGACACCAGAAACAAAAUUGUAGACCUGCACCAGGCUGGGAAGACUGAAUCUGCAAUAGGUAAGCAGCUUGGUGUGAAGAAAUCAACUGUGGGAGCAAUUAUUAGAAAAUGGAAGACAUACAAGACCACUGAUAAUCUCCCUCGAUCUGGGGCUCCACGCAAGAUCUCACCCCGUGGGGUCAAAAUGAUCACAAGAACUGUGAGCAAAAAUCCCAGAACCACACGGGGGGACCUAGUGAAUGACCUGCAGAGAGCUGGGACCAAAGUAACAAAGGCCUCAAAUCCUGCAGUGCCAGACGUGUCCCCCUGUUUAAGCCAGUACAUGUCCGGGCCCGUCUGAAGUUUGCUAGAGAGCAUUUGGAUGAUCCAGAAGAGGAUUGGGAGAAUGUCAUAUGGUCAGAUGAAACCAAAAUAUAACUUUUUGGUAAAAACUCAACUUGUCGUGUUUGGAGGAGAAAGAAUGGUGAGUUGCAUCCAAAGAACACCAUACCUACUGUGAAGCAUGGGGGUGGAAACAUCAUGCUUUGGGGCUGUUUUUCUGCAAAGGGACCAGGACAACUGAUCCGUGUAAACGAAAGAAUGAAUGGGGCCAUGUAUUGUGAGAUUUUGAGUGAAAACCCUAUGUGAAAACAGCUAUAUGUCAUUUAACCAUGCAAAACCACAUGUCCUAUUCAUCAUGUUCAUGUUUUUGUCUGCUUGACAGGACUAUACCAAUUUGUUUAUCUUGUUUUAGAGCAGUUAAAAUGUGGUGCUUUGAGUCCAAUUCUCUAAUACUGACUGGAUGUUCAACAUGGCACCUCAUGGCAAAGAACACCCUGAAACUGAGUUACAGUACAGUGGCCACUGGCAUACAGAGGUUUUCCAAGACGGGUUUCACUCGGAACAGGCCUCGCAAGGGUCGAUCAAAGAAGUUGAGUCCUUGUGCUGUGCAUCAGGUGCAGAAGCUGGCUUCAAAAAACAGACGUAUGAGUGCUGCCAGCAUUGCUUUAGAGGUUGCAGAAGGUCAGCUUGUCAGUGCUCAGACUAUAUUCCGCACACUGCAACAAGUCGGUUUGCAUGGCUGUCGUCCCAGAAGGAAGCCUCUUCUGAAGCUGGCUCACAAAAAAGCCAGCAAACAGUUUACUGAAGACAACCUGUCCAAGAGCAUGAAUUACUGGAACCAUGUCCUGUGGUCUGAUGAGACUAAGAUAUACAGAUGCAAGUACAGAUGCACCUGUACUUGUUUGGCUCAGAUGGUGUCCAGCAUGUGUGGCGACGCCCUGGUGAGGAGUACCAAGAAAAUUGUAUCUUGCCUACAGUCAAGCAUGGUGGUGGUAGCAUCAUGGUCUGGGGCUGCAUGAGUGCUGCUGGUACUGGGGAGCUGCGGUUCAUUGAGGGAAACAUGGAUUCUAACAUGUACUGUGACAUUCUGAAGCAGAGCAUGAUGCCCUCCUUUCAGAAACUGGACCGAACGGCAGUUUUACAACAUAAUAACGACCCCAA